AUGUGUCAGGGAGGGGAAGGUGUCAUGGAGGGGAAGGUGUCAGGGAGGGGAAUGUGUCAGGGAGAAGAAGGUGUCGGGGAGGGGAAGGUGUCGGGGGAGGGAAGGUGUCAGGGAGGGGAAGGUGUCGGUGUCGGGGAGGUGUCGGGGAAGGGAAGGUGUCGGGGAAGGGAAGAUGUCGGGGAGGGGAAGGUGUCGGGGAAGGGAAGGUGUCGGGGAGGGAAAGGUGUCGGGGAGGGGAAGGUGUCGGGGAAGGUUAGGUUCAGGGAGGGGAAGGUGUCGGGGAGGGGAAGGUGUCGGGGAGGGGAAGGUGUCAUGGAGGGGAAGGUGUCAGGGAGGGGAAGGUGUCGGGGAAGGGAAGGUGUCGGGGAGGGGAAGGUGUGGAGGGGAAGAAACUGA